GGCGGCUCGGCGCCGCUGACGGCCGUGAAGGACUCGUACGAGACCUUUGCGGACGUGUUCCUGCAGCUCGAGCCCCGCGACCUGGUGGAGGUUGUCUCCGGCCGGCUUCCCGACCUGUUCUCCGCGCUGCUUGAGGACAAGGAGGCGGUGCACGUGGUGAUGCACCUGCUGUCCGGCACCGGCAGCGCGGGGCUGGGCGCGCAGCUGCCGGGGCAGACGGCCAACCCGGCGUGCAGGGUGGUGCUGGCGGUGCUGCUGGAGUUCAUGGUCAACCAUCAGCUGCCGCUCCUCUCCUCCGUCACCUCCGAGGAGGGCGCCCUCGCGCUCAAGCUCUUCAAGCUGCUCUUCGCCUUCGUCUCCAACUACCACGACAUGGAGCCCGUGCUGCUGCCGCACCUCACACGCAUGAUGGACAAGGCGCUGCGGGCCGCGGUUUCGGAGCGCGAGGCGGCGGGCUACAUGCAGCUCCUGCGCUCCUUCUUCAAGGCCGUCGCCUCGGCUUCCUCCAAAUGGAAGGUGAUGUACAACGCGCUGUCGCCGCAUGUGGAGCCCUGUCUGAGCCUGGUGCUGGCCAUGCUGGGCGGUCCGCACCCCCCGGAGCUGCGGGGGGUGCUGCUGGAGAUCUGCCUGACGCUGCCGGCGCAGCUGACGGGGGUGCUGCAGCUGCUGCCGCGGCUCAUGCGGCCGCUGACCAUGGCAAUCAGGCACGGCCCCGAGGAGCUGUCGCUUGCCGCUGUGAAGACGCUGGAGGUGUGGGUGGACAACCUGAACCCCGAGUUCCUGGAGCCCGCCAUGCAGGAGGUGAUCGCCGACCUGAUGCACGGACUGUGGGCGCUGCUCAAGUUCAACAACCCGCUGGCGACAAAGGCUCUAGCCCUCCUGGGCAAGAUGGGCGGCCUCAACCGGCGCUGGCUCAAGGAGCCCACCCCCCUGGAGUACCGAGACAACCCCGAGCACGGCCUGCGCCUCAUCCUCACCUUCCAGCCGUCCACCUCCUUCCUGGUGCCCGUGGACCGCUGCGUGGCGCUGGCCAGGGCGGGCAUUGCGGCCGGGGCGGAGGGCUUCGGAGCCGCAGCAGGCGCAGCAGGCGGGGGUGUGGUGGUGCCGCCCGGCGGCGACCCGGGGUACUACCGCCGACAGGCGCUGCGCUUCCUGCACGUGUGCCUGGCGUCCAUGCUGAACCUGAGGGUGCGGGAGGUUGAGGCGGAUGCGGAGGCGGUGGAGGCGGCGAGGGCUGCUGCGGCUGCGGCGGCAGCAGCGGCAGCGGGGGUGCAGCAGGGGGCAGCGCGGCAGCGGGCCUCGGUUGGGGGGGCUGGACCGGGUGUGGUUGCGACUGCUGCGGGUGAGGGUGCUGCGGAGGGCGGCAGUGUGGCCCCCCAGUCUGAUCCGCAGGUGGUGGAUGCGGGUGUGGAGGUGCUGCUCAAGUUGGUGCUGGGGGAGCUGCCGCCGCCGCAGGUGGCGGUGGCCAUGCCCAAGCGCCAGUUGGACUCGGGCGUGAAGACCAAGACCCAGGUGGUGGCAGAGCGGCAGAUCCUGGUGCAGCUGCUGGCAGCAGUCAUGGGCGCACCCGCAGACGAGGCGCUCGCAGCCGACGCCAAGCCCUUUGCGCUGCACGUCUCGCGGCACUUUGCCAUGCUCUUCAUCUCCGGCACGCAGCCGCCGCCGCCGGCACCCGUCAUGGCGCGUACCAUGCCCGACGGAGGAGGAGGCAACCAGGCGGGCGCCACGCCUGGCGGGAUAGCGGCCCCGGGCUCCUCGGGUGCACCCAGCGGUGCUGCUGCUGCUGCUGCCAGUCCGGGUGUCUCUGGCGGCGGGGCCGCGGGGGCCCCAGGGGCGGGUGCGGGGCAGCCUGGAGGGCCUAGCGGCGCGUCACUGCUGCCUCGCGGGCUGCGGGAGCUGGACUGCCAGCUGUACCUGGAUGCGCUGACGGAGGUGCUGUGCGACAAGGCCGCGGUGAAGUCCCGGCCCGCGCUGGACUGUCUGGCUGCCUUCGUGGACACGGCGCUGCUGCUGCAUGGCGCCAGGAGCCAGCAUGCCGCGCAGUCCGCCGGUGCUGCUGCUGCUGCUCCUGCUGCUGCCCAACUGCAGGAGCAGGGCUCCCUCGCGGCUCCAACCGCACCUGCCUGUACUAGCGGCGCUGCUGGCACUAGUCCCGGUGCUGCUGCAGCAGCUGGUACGAGCGGUACGGCCCCAGCUGCGGAUGCGGAGUCCAGCAGGGCCGCCAGCCACGGCCUGCCCGCCAUCAUCGACGACGUGAUGCAGCGCGUGCUGCACUGCUGCCACGAGGACUGCUGGCAGGGCCGGCUGGCGGGUGCGGCGGCGCUCCGGCUGCUGGUGGGCCGGCUGCCUGCCGCCUACCUGUGCGGCUGGGCGGUGCCGUGCGCGCGCGCGCUGCUCAACGUGGUGCGCUGGCUGCCGGAGUACUGCCGCGCGGAGCGGGAGGAGGUGGAGGCGGCGCUGGGGGAGAUGAUGUACAAGGUGCUGCAUGGCUGCGAUAAGGGCAGCAGCAGCAGGAGCAACAACACGGGCGCCAAGGAGCCGCAGCCGAAGGAGGGGGAGGUAGUACAGCAGCAGCAACAACAGCAGGGCGAUCAAGCGCCGGCGGCCGCAGCGUCCGGAGAGCCGUCGGCUGCUCCUGCAGCGCCAGCUCAAACCGACGACGCCGCUGCAGCCGCCACGGCUGCCCAGGGAGCAGCAGCUCCCGCGACAACAGCGGGGGCACCUACCCCAGCCGCGCCUGCUACUGCUGCGGCUACUAGCUCCUCACCCCCCGCACCCGCACCCGCCGCAGCACCCACUGUGGUGUGCCCCACCGCUGUCGUGGACUCGGUGGCGGAGGUGUUGGUGGGCAGCAUGGUGGGCCCCGGGCUGCCUCGCUGGGUGCGGGUGGCUGCGGAGGCGGCUCUCAAAGGCCUCGCCGGCGCCAUGGGUCGCAGCCCCUCCUCCUACCUGGCUCCCGUGCUGCAGGCCAUGAACCCGCCGCUGCACUCGCGGCGGCUGAUGCCCAUACGGAAUGUGGAGGUGACGGUGAGCCAGGUGCAGGCGCUGGCCACCGUGGCCCGGCAGCAGCCCCCGCCGCUGCCGCUAAGCGACCAGCUGCUGCCGCUGGCGCAUGAGGCGCUCAUGAUUGCGGAGAAGGACGAGGCGGGGCUGGCGCAAAAGCUGGCGCAGAAGGACGAGGGGGUGGGCCCGGGCGGCGUGGUGGGCACGUACGCGGGCGGGCGCGGCGGGCCGGGGCCGCGCAACGUGACGUUGGAUGCGUUGCAGAGGCUGCGGGUGGCGUGCAUGCAGCUGCUGAGCGCAUUCUGGGGCUGGGAGGAGUUCCGCGACCGCGCCGACCUGAAGCAGCUGCGUGAGUCGGUGAUCGGCAUGUUUUUCCGCAACCUCACCUCCUCCACUGAGGACAUCCACGGUGCGGCUCGCGCGGGGCUGCAGUUCAUCAUCUCGCACCAGCGGCUGCCCAAGGAGCUGCUGCAGACCACGCUGCGGCCGCUGCUGCAGAACCUGGCCACCUACAACAAGCUGCACCCGGCCCUGCUGCAGGGCCUAGCCCGGCUGCUGGAGCUGCUGAGCGACUGGUUCAACCUGACGCUGGGGGACAAGCUGCUUGAGCACCUCAAGAACUGGCUCAACCCGGAGAAACAACUCACGGGACAGGUGCUAUGGAAGAGCGGCGAGGAGGCGCUGGUGGCCUCCCUGGUGCUCGACCUCUUCCACCUGCUGCCCAAGACGGCUGUCAAGUUCCUGGAGACGCACAGCGCACCCGCACCAGCUGCGGCUGCCGGACAGCAGCAACAGCAGCAGGCUGCGGGAGGUGCUGCUGCCGCCGGUGCGGAGGCGGGCCCCACCAAGCCGGGGCUGGUCAUCCUGACGAUUGAGCUGGAGGAGAAGCUGUCGGCGCUCAACCUACCGGUCCCCGUCCCGCAUGUGAUGACCUCCCCCUACCGCGCCCCCCUCACCCGCUUCCUCACCAAGUACCCCGCCGAGGCCGCCGCCUACUUCCUGGACCCCGCGCGCCUGGACCAGCCCUCCUACUUCUCGCGGCUGCUGGACCUGAUCCGCAGUCCCAUGGGUCGGCCGCUGCUGGACGCAGUGGCCGCCUCCACCGACCAGCUGGCGGCGCUGCUGCUGAGAUACGACCCGCCGCACCCCGCCGCGCAGCUGCCCGAGGGGACGGCCCCCCCGCCCCCCUCCGCGCACCCCCAGGCCGCCUUUCACGCGGUGCACCUGGUGCGGGUGCUCACCAAGCUGCUGCCCGCCUGGCUGCCCGCACAGCCCAAGAUCAUGGCGGCAAUCAUGCAGCGCUGGCACAGCCCCCACCGGGCGGCGCGAGUGGCGGAGGAGGCGGCGGCGCUGGGGCCGGCACCGCAGCAAGCACCGACUGGCGGCGCAGCCUCCUCCCAGCAGCAGCAGCAGCAGUCUCAGCAGGCGGCGCAGGUGUGGUUUGCGGUGACGUCCGUGAGCCGGGAGCAGCUGCUGGAGAGCAAGCGGCUGGCCAAGUGCGUGCUGGCGUACGUGAGGGAGCACCGGCAGGAGGUGAUGCCGCUGUUCGACGUCAUCUCGCUGCACCUGCACCGGAGCUCCGUGGACUACGGCUUCAUCGAGGACUUUUGCCGCACCGUGGUGGCGCAGCAGUACACCCCCGCCCAGAAGCGCUCGCUGCUGGCGGCCUACGUGGAGGUGUUCCGCGGCGGGCGGCUGCCGGGGGAGCAGCUGGAGCGCGUGCUGCAGGUGCUGGUGACGCCCAUGCUGGUGCAGGCGCUGGAGGCGGGGCAGCGGGAGGUGAUUGGGGAGGCGCUGGCGGAGGCGGUGGUGGUGGAGCUGCUGGACCCCACGGAGGCCAAGUCGGGGGGACAGAGCGAGUCCCUGCGCAUCGAGCUGCUGCACCUGUGCACCCAGCUGUUCAAGUACUCGCCCUCGCUGCUGGACAAGCACAAGAAGGAGCUCAUCAAGUUUGGGUGGAACUACCUCAAGAAGGAGGACAGCGUCACCAAGUCCUACGCCUUUGUCAACGUGGCCUACUUCCUCAAGAACUUCCAGGCGCCCGAAAAGAUCAUGCUGCAGGUGUUUGUUGCGCUGCUGAAGGCCUGCCAGCCCGACACCAAGAAGCCGCUCAUCAAGGAGGCGCUGGACGUGCUGGUGCCCACACUCAACGAAAAGGUGCAGCGAUCGCCAGAGAACAAGAUCAGCCUCUGGGUGCGCUACACGAAAAAGGUUCUGUCCGAGGAGGCUCAGAGCCUGGCCAGUGUGGUGCACAUCUGGCAGCUGGUGCUGCGCCACGCCGACCUCUUCUACUCCUCGCGCAGCCAGUUCGUGGGGCAGAUGGUGCACACGCUGUCCAAGCUGGGGCUGCAGGGAGCCACCUACGAGUACCGCCGCCUGGCACUCGACCUGGCGAAGCUGGUGGUGGGGUGGGAGCGCAAGAGACAAGAUCUGGCAGCAGCAGCGGCGGGUGCGGGUAGUGGGGGUGGAGCGGCGGGGGUUGGCGCCGCCUCCGGCGGCGCACCCCUCGUCCCGCAGUUGAGUCUGGGUGUGAAGCGGCAGCGUGAGGACGGCGGUGUGCCUGAGGCGGUGGCUGCCACCGCGAGCGCCUCGCAGCCGCCUCUCAAGUCUCCCAGGGUGGCGGAUGCGGCCACAGCGCAUGCAGCAGCAGCAGCAGCCGCUGCAGGCGACGCUCAGAUGACGGACGCUGCUGGCACUGCUGCAGCCGGCCCCGCCCCACAGCAGCAGCAGCCCGGCGGCGCCAUGUCCCGCAGCGUGUCGUACAGCAGCUUCCGAGGCGGCUCCGCUGGGGGGGCGGCCGCCGGGCCCGUUAGCUCGCCGGGGGCAGCUGGCGGCGGCAGUGGUGCUGGAGGUGGAGGUGGUGCUGAUGACGAGUUCCGGCCCACGCCCCACAUGGAGGAGACGCUGACCAACUUCCUGGCUCGCUUUGUGCUGAUCACGCCUGAGAGUGUGAAGGAGGACGAGGCGUCGCUGCAGCAGGGGUACGGCAUGCAGGUGCUGCUGCAGGCGCUGCGGCUGUGGCCGGCGACGGUGGUCAAGCUCUCCUUCCUGGAGCGCCUCCUCAGCGCCCCCAUCGACCCCGCCAAGCAAGCCAAGGCCGCGGCCGCCGCAGCCGCCGGCUCCUCCUCCUCCGCCCCCUCCGCGCCCCCCGACCCUCCCCACCUCACGCUCGGCCUGCAGGUGUGUCGCGCGCUGGUUGAGGCGCAGCCGCUGCACCUGCUGGCCCUGAACGCGGGUCCGCUGGGUGCGCUGGUGGAGCCCUGCCUGCAGAGCCGCCACCGGCGCACCGCCACGGAGGUGGGGGAGAUGAUGCGGCUGCUGCAGGGCAAGCUGGCGGCGGCACAGCAGGCGGCGCAGCAGGGGGUGGCAGAGCUGCCCAUCCCCGGCGCGCCCCCCGGCGCCCCCGCCCCCUCCGCGCUGCUGGCGGGCGUGCAGCGGCGGUGCGAGGAGGUGAUCAUGAAGUACCUGGCGGCAGCAGCGGCCACCGCGGCGCAGCAGCAGCAGCAGCAGCCGGGGCAGCAGCAGCAGCCCCAGCAGCCUGCGGGCGGCGGCAGCAGCAUUGGCGGCGACCCGCGGUUGCUGCAGGCCCUGAGCGGCUGCCUGGCGCUGCUGGAGAGCUUGGAGGGAGUGGCGCCGGCCAACUUCAUAUUCCAGUGCGUGCCGUCGCUGUGCAAGGUCCUGCAGCAGGCGGCUCGCGAGCUGGCCAACAUGGGCCCCAACCACCCGGGCGCCCGCCGCACCCCCUCCUCCUCCUCCCAGUCCGAGGAGCCCGAGUACGGCAGCCUGUACUGGGUGGUGUCCUCGUGCGUGCGGCUGCUGGCGCCGCGCGUGCUGCACAACCACGAGCAGCGCAAGGCGGUGCUGUCGUCCAUGAUUGGGCUGAUGGCGGGGCAGAACACGCGGCACAUGGAGCCGGCGCUGUUCCUGGAGAUGCUCAAGGUGUUGGAGCGCUGGCUGGUGAACCCCUACCCCGGCCAGACCGGCAUCCUGUCCCCCAAGGAGGCCAUCCUCAUGGUGCAGCGACUGGCCGCUCUGGAGAAGCUCAACCUCUUCGACCACCACUCGCCGCCAGCAGCCCAGCAACAACAACAACAACAGGGCGCGGCGGGUCAGGCCGGCGGCGCGGCGGGUGGGGGUGCGGGCGGUGGCAGCGCGCUGCGCCGCGCCUGGGACAGCACGCUGCUGUCGCUGGUGCUGCGGCUGUCCUCGCCGCCGCCGGAGCAGCAGGACCUGGAUCGCGCGCUAGACACGGAGCGGGAGCGCUACAUCGGGGAGUGCCGGCGGGCGGAGGAGUACUUCACGCACCUGGAGAGGAGGUUCAUGAUGGGGCUGCGGGCGGCGGACCACAACAUCAGGAGGCGGUUUUUCGAGUUGUACGACAACCACGUGGCCGCCAACCUGUACGACCGGCUUUCCUUUGUGAUCGUGAACCAGGACUGGGAGGCCAUGAGCGGCAGCUUCUGGCUGAAGACGGCGCUGGACCUGCUGCUGGCGGCGCUGCGGGAGGACGACCUCAUCAUGCUGGCACCCAACAGCUCGCAGGUUCCGCCGCUGCUGCCCAUCCAGCAGAACGUGUUCGUGCCGCAGCCGCCCAAGGUCCCGCCCCCGCCUGAGGGGGGAGGUCCCCCGGCCGAGGGCUCGCCGCAGCCGCCUGACGGCAUCAAGCUGGAGAUCAAGGCCGAGCCCCUGGGCGCAGCGGCGGGCGUCAAGGCGGAGGGUGCCGUAGUUGUCAAGGAGGAGCCCCUGGCCCUCACCUCGGUGGGGCAGCCGGGGCAGCAGCUGGCGGGGCCGCACAGCGGGGGGCUGGCAGCAGCAGCAGCACCGGCAGCAGCAGGCGGGGAGGGGGCAGGCAGCGAGCCAGGAGCUGCAGCGGGCGGUGCUGCGGGCGGAGUUGAGCUGGCCGCUCGCUUCCCCUCCGCCUCGCCCGAGGUGCUGGAGGUGGUGCGGGGGCACGUGGAGUGGCUGGACUCCAUGGGCAAGCUGCGAGUCCGCGAGCUGGUGUCCAGCCUGCGCGAGUACGCGGGUGCGGACCCGCAGGUGGCCUACCACCUGUGGGUGCUGGUGUUCCCCAUCGUGUGGGCGUCGCUGGCAAAGGAGCAGCAGGUGAGCCUGGCCAAGCCCAUCAUCACGCUGCUGGCCCGCGAGUACCACCGACACCAGAUGACGGCACGACCCAACGUGCUGCAGGCCCUGCUUGAGGGCAUCAGUCUGUGCCAGCCGCAGCCCAAGAUCCCGCCCGAGCUGAUCAAGUUCCUGGGUAAGAACUUCAACGCCUGGCACAUCGCCAUCCCGCUGCUGGAGAGCCACGUGUGCAUCUUCCCGGACGAGUCGAGGUGCUUCGACAGUCUCGCCGAGUUGUACCGUCUUGUCCGCGAGGACGACCUGCUGGCGGGGCUGUGGCGGCGGCGUGCGGCCACCGACUGGACUCGCACCGGCCUGCCGCUCAUACAGACGGGCAUGUGGGAGCGAGCCAGCGAGGUGCUGGGGGAGGCGACUCGCACCUUCCAUGCGCCGCCGCAGAUGCGCUCCACCCCCGAGCAGCCCAACCGCGGCGAGCAGGCUCUGUGGGUGGAGCAGUGGCUGGACUGCUGCAGACACCUCAACCACUGGGACCUGCUGCUGGAGUACGGCAAGACCACGGAGCAGCUGGAGGUGGUGGUGGACUGCCUGUGGCGGCUGUCCGACUGGACGCAGCUGCGCGAGCAGCUCAACAGCGCGGCGGCCAAGGGCGGCAGCGUGGAGGACUCGCCGGGGCUGCUCAUGACGCGGGCGUACCUGGCGCUGCAGGAGGGGCACGUGCAGGAGGCUGACACCCAGACCAACAAGGCGCUGCUGUCCGCGCUGCAGCGGUGGUGGGCGCUGCCCGAGCUGCCGAGCAAUACCGCGCACGUGGGGCUGCUGCAGACAUUCCAGCAGCUGGUGGAGCUCAAGGAGUCUGCCCGCAUCCUGGUUGACCUGGCUCAGGCCAACGGCCGGCCCGAGCACGCGUUCACCGACCUGAAGGAGAUCAUGGCCACCUGGCGCCUGCGCACCCCCAACGAGUGGGAGAGCCUGGUGCACUGGCAGGACGUGCUGGUGUGGCGCAACCAGAUCUACAACAUCGUGAUCAACAGCUUCGGAGCCAUGCGCGACCUCACACCCGCGCUGCACCAGCUGGGAUACAGGGACAAGGCCUGGUCCGUGAACCGUCUGGGCUCCGUGGCUCUGAAGCAUGGGCUGCCCGACACCUGCCUGCAGAUGCUCAACACGCUGUACGGCUACAACGCCAUGGAGGUGCAGGAGGCGUUCAUCAAGAUAAAGGAGCAGGCCGAGGCCUACCUGGACUUGGGUCCCGCCGACCUGUGUGUGGGUCUCAACAUGAUCAGCACCACCAACCUGGACUACUUCCAGUCCACCCACCAGGCGGAGCUGUUCAGACUCAAGGCGCUCAUGCAGCAGGCCCUGGGUGAGGACGACGCCGCCGCCUCCAACUUCUCCACCAGCCUGUCGCUGUGGCGCGGCUGCUCGGACGCGUGGCUCAACUGGGGCUCCUUCAACGACCGGCUGUACGAGGCCAGCGCGGCGCAGGCGGCGCAGGCUAAUGCGGUGGCGGUGCAGAUGGGCGCAGGCGGCGGGGGCCCGCAGCCGCCCAAGCCCGUGCUGCCGCAGUACCACUUCCUGGAGUAUGCGGUGCACUGCUACCUGCAGGCUGUCCGGCUGGGCAGCUCCUCGGGUCGCGCGCUGCUGCCGCGGCUGCUGUACCUGCUGUCCUUCGAGAACGCGGGCGGGGUGGUGGGGUCGCACCUGGACAAGCAGCACGCGGAGCUGCCGCCCUGGGUGUGGUUCGCGUGGGUGCCGCAGCUGCUGGCCUCGCUGCAGCGGCCCGAGGCGCCGCACGUGAAGCUGCUGCUGCAGCAGGUGUCGGCGGCACAUCCGCAGGCGGUGUACUACUGGCUGCGGGUGCACAUGCUCAGUCUGCGCGAGGCGGCGCAGAAGGCGGCUCAGGAGCUGCAGCGACAGCGCCAGGAGGCGGAGCGCAGGGCGGCGGAGGCGGCGGCGGGGGGAGGAGGGGGCGCGGAGGGGGAGGCGGCGGCACACUUGGAAGGCCCCGCUGCCCGCCUGGACCCCAGCCGCGCUGCCGAGAUGCGCGCCUUCGAGGCGGGCAAGGAGGUGAUGGACGUGCUGCGGGCGCGCUGCUCAGCACUCACCCUCACGCUGGAGGGCAUGCUGCAGGAAAUCGGCAGCAAGUUCGUCCCCAAGCCCGAGGAGCGGCUGCUGGCGGUGGUCAACGCGCUGCUGCACCGCUGCUACAAGGUGCCCUUCGCCAACGCGGCGGAGGUGCCGCAGCCGCUCAAAAAGGAGCUGGCGGGGGUGUGCAAGGCCUGCUUCUCACCCGAGCAGGCCGCGGCGGCGCGCGCACAGCAGGGCGGCCGCGGCGGCACUGCGGGUGGUGCGGGGCCGGGUUCGGCGGCUGGUGGCAGCAGUAACGCGGUUCAGCGGGACAUUCGGGAGGCGUUUGUUCGCGACAUGAACCCCGAGGGCCCCGCCUUCCCCGCCACGUUGGGGGAGCUCACGGAGCAGCUCAAGAGCUGGAGGGCGCGGCUGCAGGCCGACCUGGAGGACAAGCUGCCCCCCAGCCUGCGCCUGGCCGAGGAGGCGCGCCCCCUGGAGGAGCUGUCUCUGGUGGAGGUGGAGAUGCCGGGGCAGUACCUGGGCGGGCAGGAGGUGGCGCCGGAGGGCAUCGUGCAGCUGGAGUGCUUUGGCGCGGCGGUGGCGGUGGUGCGGCGGCACUGCACGUCCUACCGCCGGCUGGUGCUGCUGGGUUCGGACGGGCGGGCGAGGCACAUGCUGGUGCAGACGGGGCAGAACAACGCGCAGGGCACCACCGACGAGCGCAUCAUCCAGCUGCUGCGCCUCUCCAACCGGCUGCUGGACGCGCACCCGCAGUCCCGACAGCGCGCCCUGGCCUGGCACACGCCCGUCAUGGUGCCGGUGUGGGUGCAGGUGCGGCUGAUGGAGGAGGCGCCCGCCGCCUGCACGCUGCACGAGGCAUACGAGGUCAACUGCGCGCGCUACGGCCGGGAACCCGACAUGCCCAUCGUGGCGUUCAAGCAGCGCUGUGCCGACCCGCGGGGGCAGGUGCUCACGGACGCGAGCAGCCUGCCGCUGCGGCAGCAGACGUUUGCGGACGUGUGUGCGCACAUUGUGAAUGAGAACGUGUUUAGCCAGUUUGCGUACAAGUCGCUGCCCUCGGCAACACACCUGUGGGCGUUCAAGAAGCAGCUGUGUGCGCAGACGGCGCUGAGCGCGCUGAUGUGCCACAUGCUGCUGAUCAACGGUCGCUCGCCCACCAAGAUCCUGUUCGCCAAGGAUACGGGCCGGCUCUACCAGACGGACGUGCUGCCGGUCUACAACGACCGCGGCUACCUGGAGAAGGUGGAGCCGGUGCCCUUCCGCCUCACGCGCAACCUGACCGCCUUCUUCACCGCGUUCGGGGUGGAGGGCGUCUUCUCAACCGUCAUGGCCAACGCGGCGCAGGCGCUGGCAGCCCGCGGCAGCAACGCGCAGCACUUCCUGGCGCUCUUCUUCCGGGACGACAUCGUGGCGUGGGCGGCGAGGAGGUCCAGCAAGCAGGCCUUCUCCAUGAAGAACGAGACGCUGCAGUCGCUGGUGCUUCGCAACACAAGCAUGGUGCUCGAGCGCAUCCAGCGCACCUGCCCCGUGCAGCCUUCCGAGGACCCCACACCGCCCGGCCAGCAGCCCGCCGGUCGCCCCUCGCCGCUGCUCACAGUGCCGCUGCUGCCGUACAUCGUGGAGCUGAUUGCGGCGGCUCAGGAGCCCAAGAACCUGUGCCGCAUGGAGCCCACAUGGCACCCCUGGUUCUGAGGGGGAGGUGGAGGAGGAGGUGGAGGAGGAGGGGGAGCCGUGGAAGUGUGGGAGAGGUGUGGGAGGGUGAAGGAGAUUGGAAGGGGAGGAGGACUGUGAAGUGGAUGUAGAGAUGAGGUAAUGAGCAGCGUGGCUGAGGUCGAGACGAUGGGGGCUAUUGAGGGUACAUAGGAGGUGGAGUUGCGGGAAGGGGUGGUGAAACGGCUGAUAGGCGAAGAGGCGUACAGUAAAGGAGGUCUGGGUACGGACGGCCAAGGGGGGCGGGCGGGAGGGAAGGCAGCCUAUCUGCCAGGCGGACUGGACAAUUUGAUUGCGAACUGACCCUUGGUUGCUGAGCGGUUGGUUGGAUGCAUUCGGGUUUGACCUGACCUGCUGACGCACCUGGGGUGCUUGUUGGCACGGCGGGGGUGGCGGGUGCGCCCGGGGAGCCCGGUGCGCCCGGUAGGUAGGCAGCGGGUGCAGCAUUGCGUGUGGGGGGGCUUGGUGGCGCAUGAUGGGGGAGUGGGGUCGGGGGGAUGUAGAUAGAUGGACAGCACUGUUGUUGGAGGAGUGGGUGGAUGUAUGUCAUCGGGUGAUAGCACGGCAUGGGGUUACAUGACUGACAGCUUCGGACAUGACGGCCAAAUGUCGAUUUGACCUUUUCCCCCUCACAUAGUGACCGCAAAUCGGACCCUUUGCUUGUGCUUGAGGCGAGGUGUGCUGGACGAGUGUAAGCAAUUGGGGGAUGGUACCUUAGUGCGUAUUUGGUUGUCCUCGUGUGCACAUGGCCCCCACGUUCAUGUGUGUUUUGCAGCUCCGGGCCUCCAGACCGUUUAUCUGGAUGCCCCCUUGGGAGCCGCAGGCUAGUAGUGUACCCGUGUGCACAUGUGCCUCAUUCUUCCGGGUUGAGAGGCCGCAUCUGCCCCCCCGACGGAUGGGUGGGAGCCCCAGUCGCGGUGGCUUGGGCGCCUGCCUGCAUCAGGUCGGCUUGCACCCUUGGAAGCGGUAGUCUAGCCGGGGGACAGCUGGGGGGUGCCAGGUGCUUUUCAGGGCUUCCUUUGAAGGUGCUGCGAGGAGUCAUGGGAGCUGUUGGCGGGGCUCUGUUGAGGGUUGCGGGAGGCGUACUCUGCAACAUGGUGCAGCUGUGUCGUGGGUGGCCAUCAAUACUGUUGUGAUCCCCAAGCCAGGGCUUGGUAACGUGAGGAGGGGCCCAAGUUGAUUGCAGCCUGCCACUUGCUUGCCGCCAUGUAACGUGCAAGGCCUGGCCA